AGUCCGGGCCAGGAGUUGUCUCCUCCGCCUCCCUCCCUCCUCUCUCUCUCUCUCACACACACACACACACACACACAGUUCCCCCCACCCACCCCGGGAAGAUUGGCGCGGUCAGAGUGAGGCAGUCCCUCUCCUGACUGAACUGUCCUGACUGGGACAGACACACAGAGAAAGUUCUCACUGGGUUCCAGAUAACACACACACACACAGAAACACAGAGACGGAAGACAAGCUCAGGAAGGCCGGCAGCGUACACUGCACCAGGUGUUGCAUUUUGACAUGGCAGCUUCUUUACCAAGGACCCUUGGUGAAUUGCAACUUUAUCGUAUUCUACAGCGAGCAAAUCUGUUGUCUUAUUAUGAUGCGUUCAUUCAGCAAGGGGGAGAUGAUGUGCAGCAGCUCUGUGAGGCAGGGGAGGAGGAAUUCCUGGAAAUCAUGGCCCUGGUGGGCAUGGCUAGCAAACCCCUUCAUGUUAGGAGGUUGCAAAAAGCUUUGAGAGACUGGGUGACAAAUCCUUCCAUCUUCAAUCAACCCCUGAACACUCUUCCAGUCAGCAGCAUCCCACUGUACAAAAUACCUGAGGGCUCAACUGCUUUUCCUGGGUCAAAUGUUAACAGUCAUGAAAGAACCAGUAACCUUCGGGAAGCUCCUGUAAAGUUUCCAAAAUGUUUGUCUGUGAUGUGUGGUCAGGGGGUAGGACCUAACAAGUCUGGCAUAGCAGUGAAUUCACCGCUGCAAGUAUGCAGUGAACCACGAUUCUGGCAAGGACAUUCCACUACCGAGAGUGAACAGAGUCUUUCUCCUGCUGAUCCUGCAUCGCCAUCUUCACCAAAAGAAAACGGUGAAACUCUUGAUACUGCUGCAGUCAUUGCAAUUACAGAAUCUGUUGAUCGUUUGAUUCAAGGCAUUCCAAAAACAGACAGAAAUGAAGUUAAAGAAUUUUUAAAAACUAAUAAGAAGUUAGCAAAAAUGAUUAGUCACAUCUUUGACAUGGCUGAUGGUGACCCUCACAAAGAAGAAGAAAUCCGGAAAUAUAGCGCGAUAUAUGGUCGGUUUGAUUCCAAAAGGAAGGAUGGAAAGCAUCUGACCCUUCAUGAGAAAAAAGGCUGUCCUGUUAACUAUUGUGCCAUCUUGCCUUGGAAACAUAAUUGAAGUUGGGUUAAAACAGAAAGUGGUGAAAGUACUCAGCAGGUCUGGAGGCUUCGGUGGAGAGAGAAGCAGUGCUAAGACGUCCGGCUGGCAACCUUUCAUCUGAAGUGUUAACUUUGUUUCUGUCUUCAUGAUGCUGUCAGAUCUAUUAGGGCAUUCUAGAAGGUGCAAUAUUUAGCUGUUAUGUUAUGGGCAUGUUAUGAGCUGUAAUUUUAGUGUUAUGUUGUUUGCUUUUAUUUUAAUUCAUUUAUUUGAACAAAAACGAUUUUUUUUUCUUGAACUCUGUGUUGAAAGGCUUUUAAUUAAAAUUUUGUUUCUUUAAGCAUUUUUCUUGCUACCUUUCCUUCCUUACCUUGAAUGUAAUUGAAAUCUUAUUUGGCCAUGCCAUCUACCCUGUUAUUUAAUCCAGUGAAUAUAUCAAGACUUUAAAGUUGAGUUUUGCUGACUAUUUGUACAAAAGGCUCAUUACACUUUAGCCCAGCAUGUUCUCCUGUCAGAGGGGUAAUGGACAGCAAUUGAAAAAAUGUAAGUGCAGUGGUGUUUCUUUUCCCUGUCCCACUACUAAUGGUUAAUAAAAAAGCUUACAUUUGUAUAAUAGUUCAUUUUUCUCAGAAACGUUUCAAUAUACUUAAAACUCAAUCAGUUAUUAUUGUUGUAGUAGCCCUUUACCACAGCCCCAGCUGAGACCCACUGACUCAUUAUAGGCUGGGAAUUUAAUCUUUCUGCUCAGUAUGAGUCCGCUACUUGCUUUUCAACCAGCUGAUCCAUUAAAAUAGCUUUGCAACUCAUAAUUUGGCCUU